AUGGCACUGGAAAAGUUGGACAAGAACCAAACAGCGUCUUCGAGGGAGUCUUUGGACAAGUAUCAAACCCAACCCACCUUCCCAGAGAAAACGAACGAUGCUUCCUCCGACUCUGACUCUGCGAGCGAUGUUGCCUCAACUGUGGCUAUCAAGUCGUUUGGUAUCAGGCAGACAGAGAUGGUGAUUGAGCAAGUCAAUGGUGUCUGGCUCAAGGCGAUCUUCUACUUCACCAUCUUUGUUGCCUUUUACGUGAAGAGCGUUGGUAGUACAGUCAUGAAUGUGUUCGUGGGAUAUGCCACUGAGUCGUACAAACAGCACUCGUUGAUGUCCACCGUCGGUGUCAUUAGAGGUGUGGCCGCCACUGCGUCUUUGCCAUUCUUUGCUAGACUCGCAGACACCUACGGUCGUUUGGAGUUGUUGAUCAUUUCGGUGGUUUUUGAAGUGGUGGGUAUUGUCAUUCAGUCGCAAGCCACUGAUGUACAGAAGUAUGCUGGCGGUACGGCAAUUCAAAGUUUUGGUCAUGGUGGUACUAUGAUCAACUUUCAGGUGCAAUUGUCAGAUGCUUCUUCGUUGCGCUACAGAAUGUUAGCUCUUGGUUUGGUGAAUGCUCAAACAAUUAUCAAUACCUGGAGUACUGGUGAUAUCGUCGAAAGCUUGAGGGGCAAGUACAGCUGGAACUUUAGUGUGGGUAUGUGGGCCUUCAUCAUUCCGUUAGCAUAUUCUCCAUUUAUUUUGUUCUACGCUUGGCUCACCUGGAGAGCAUCUAGAACUGAGCCAUGGAGCCACUUGAAGCAGGAUCGCAAGGCUCACUUCUUAGAAAAGGUUCCACAGGCAGCUAAAUACUACUCGAACCAGUCUUCUGGCGAGAAGUUGCAUGCUGGAUUUUUUAAGCUUGCUGUCUUGAAGGGCUUCUAUCAUGUCAAGUUGAUCUUUUGGUACGUUGACUUCAUUGGUUGUCUUUUACUUGCCGUGAUACUCGGUCUCAUUUUAGUGCCAUUAACUUUAGCGGGUGGGGUGACCAGUAAGUGGGAGCUGGGUGAGAUCAUUGGACCUUUAGUCCUUGGUGUCGUCCUUAUCCCAGUAUUCAUCUUCUGGGAAACAAAGAUUACCUCGCGUCCUAUGGCACCAUUCAAAAUUAUGAAAAAUAGAGGUAUCUGGGCUGCCCUCUUGCUUAGUGUCAUUAAUAACCUUGCUCGUGCCAUCGUCAACGACUAUGCUUAUCCUGUUCUUCUUGUGGGAAUGAACGCUACCCCCACAGUUGCUACAAGAACUCCUAAGUUAUCGUCAUUUACUACAGCUCUCACCAUUGGCUUCCUUGGUUUUGUCGUUUCUCGCGUCAAAAGAUCUAAAGCGUUUAUUCUUUUUGGAGUUGUUGCUAUGUUCGUUGCCCUGGGGCUUUUCGUCCACUUCCGAGGAACCAACGAUGGAUUGCGUGCCAAAUACUAUCGUGACGGUGUUGCCAUAGCAAUGUGUAUUACCGGUUUCUCCCAGGCUUUUUUGGAGAGACUUGUGAUGGUCUCAGCACAAAGUUGUACAAACCACGAGUAUAUGGCUAUCGUUUCCGCUUGUUUCUCGGCUUUCUUCAAGGUCGGAUGGACAAUUGGAGAUAGUAUUUCUGGUGCAAUUUGGACGCAGAGAAUGUACCACGAAAUCGAAAAUAAGAUGACAGAUCUUGGAGUAACGAACACCACUUUGGCCAAGCAGGCGUAUCAGGCUCCCUAUGUUUUUGCCAAGCAACACAAAUGGGGAUCACCACCCCGUAUGGCUGUCAGUUUGGCAUAUGCUGAAGUGCAGAAGUAUCUUUCAAUCACUGCACUCUGUCUUACCGUUCCAGUACUUAUUUUUGCACUCCUUUUGAGAGAUCAUCGCUUGGGUGAUGCGCAGAACUUGGACGACGAAACUCUCGUGGACGAUGAGAAGCACAAGUCUUUAGCCGACAAAACUAAGACCACAGUUUCUUUCACUAAUGACAAGGACUACAUUUUGAUAUACUUGAAGAAGCUUGUGGGAAUGGGGGAGAAGACCAAAAACUAA